AUGGCAGCACAUGCAAUGGUGGUCUCGGGGGUGCGAAGGAGAAUAGGGAAUGGACAGACAACUUUAAUAUGGGGACAUCCGUGGUUGCGAGAUAAUCCUAGCCCAUUGAUCCAAACAGAAAUGCCAGGGCAGUUGAGAGAGGCACGUGUUGCAGGAUUGAUUGAUUUGCAUACACAUACAUGGGAUCCACAUAUUUUAUCUGACCUGUUUAUUCCUGAGGAUGUGGAACGAAUAAAUAUGAUCCCUAUUAGUCCUGAUUACGAGGACUCAUGGUAUUGGAUGGGUGACCCAAAGGGGACAUAUACUGUGAAAAAUGCCUAUAGGCGUACUGUGGGCGACUAUGAGAAUAACCCCGUGAUGGUGGAGGUGGACCCAAUAUGCCCAAUGUGUGGUUUAGAUCAUGAAGAUGUGUUACAUGUUUUAGUGCUCUGUGAAUAUUCUACACUUGUUUGGAAUGUAACACAAUUGCCUAUCACUAAUAUUAUUGCAGACUCUUUUACAUCAUGGCUAAAAAGGGUUUUGGCGGUCUUGACGGAGGAGCAAACCCGAUUGAUGGUAGCGGUGUUAUACUAUAUUUGGAGCACCCGAAACUCAGCUGUUUGGAAGGGAUCUAUGACGCGGCCUACCCAAGUUGGCAGGGCAGCAGCCGCAGCACUUCAGGCAUACGGUGCUGCCCAGGAUUACCGCACCCAACCGGAUGCGGCGUCGGUGACAUCAACCGAACCGGGAGGUGGCGCCCUGCGGUGUUACGUGGAUGCGGGCUUCCGUCACGGCACGGGCGAGGCUACGUACGGCAUAUUACUAGUAGCGCCAGAUGGCUCUUUUGUGGCAGCAAAAAAUGGCAAGUUACCGGUUUGCUUCUCACCACUUAUGGCGGAGGCGCAGGCGUACAAGGAAGCACUGUAUUGGCUACUUGAACGGAACAACACAUCAGUAAGUUUACUCACGGAUUGCAUGGAGUUGACUACAAUUAUCCGGCACCAUCACACGCCGAUUCGUUCAUACGUUGGGGUCACGGUUGACUAA